AUGGGGGCAGCUGGGCAGGAGCGGGCGGUGGGGCUGGGGGGCACAGGGCACCGGGCAGGAUUUUAGCCAGGCUGCGCCGGGACCCGCCCGCUGCCAUGAAAGACUUCACCGAAAUCACGCUUUGUCCCGAGGCUCUGGACGGCAGCAAGACCGAGUUCUGCAACCCCGUUUUUGAGGGCGAGGAGCCCCGGGCGGCACCGAGCGCGGAGCACCCGCCGGACAAGGAUGGCACCGGCCCCGAACCACGCCGGGACGGCCUCGGCCGGCAGCUCUGGGCACAGGUGGGCUGGAGGUACCGCGCCGACUGCAAGUUCACCUGGCUCUGCGUGGCUCUGAUGAGCGCCAUCCUGCUCUUCCUCAUCGCCCUCCUGCUCGGCAUCGUCAUCCACCGUGAGUGCCGAGCGAGGGGACGCGGAGCCGGCUGCGAGUGGGAGAGGGGCACGCAGGAGCUGACGUCCCCACUCCCACCCGGUACCCCGGCCACGGCCCUGCCCGCCCGCGGCACCGCCACCACCCCCACAGCGCCCAUCCGGAGGGACCCCCCGGCCCCCAAAACAGCUGCCACCCCGACCGAGAGCUGGCUGCCCACGGCCCGCACGGCAGAACCGGGCUGCGGAGGGACCCUGCAGGGCCCCGAGGGCUCCUUCAGCUCCCCCAACUACCCCGGCCCCUACCCCCCCAACGCCCUCUGCAUCUGGCACAUCGAGGUGGGCGCCGGCCUCGCCAUCCAGCUGAGGAUGGAGACGUUCAGCGUGGAGGGCACGGCCUCCUGCCUCUUCGACCGCCUGGAGCUCUACGAAGAGCAGGGCACGGGUGGCACAGCCCCUGCCCCAGCCCGGGGGAGCCCGGCCAGGUUUUGUGGCAACGUGCCCCCGCCCACCUUCAACACCGACUCGAACCGCCUGCGGGUCACCUUCGUGUCCGACGGCAGCGUGGGCGCCCAGGGCUUCAGUGCCCGCUACCGUGCCGUGGACCCCGCCGAGAAGAGCUGUGCCUGGGAUGAGCACCUGUGUGACCGGGGGCUCUGCCUCCAGCUGGGCUUCGUGUGCGACGGCUUCCACGACUGCAGCGACAAGAGCGACGAGGCCAACUGCAGCCUGAAGCACAAAGAAUGCGGGGGCCCGCUGACCGCCCUGGAGGGCCACUUGUCCAGCCCGAGCCACCCGCAGCCGUACCCGCACCAGCAGCUGUGCCUCUGGCAGAUCUCGGUGCCCCUGGGCCACGUCGUGGACCUGCACUUCCACAACUUCAGCCUGGAGUCGCACGAGGACUGCAGCUUCGACUUCGUGGAGGUGCACGACAGCGCGGGCACGGGGACCGCCAGCCUCAUGGGCAGGUUCUGUGGCCACCAGCUGCCACCCACCCUGACCUCCUCGCGGCACGUCAUGACCGUCCUCUUCGUGGCAGACGAGGGAGUUGCAGAUGUUGGGUUCUUUGCCACCUACCAAGCCCGCAAUGCCACAGAGAAGACCUGCAGCCCCGCCGAGUUUUCCUGUGGGAAUGGCGAGUGCCGGGCGUUGGAGUCUGUGUGUGACGGCUGGCACGACUGCCCCGAUGGCACCGACGAGCUGAACUGCACCGGGGUGUCCUACCCGGCCUUCGGCUCUGUCUGCGAGCCCGUGGAAGUGGAGAUGUGCCUGGGGUUGGGCUACAACGCCACCUCCUUCCCCAACAUCUGGCUGGCCAUCCCGGACCAGGAGGGAGCCGCCGAGGUGCUGCAGGACUACCAGACACUGAUGGAGCUGGCGUGUUACCAGCACCUCCGCCUGCUCAUCUGCAGCCUCUUCGUGCCCAAGUGCACCCCGGAUGGAGGGGUGCUGCAGCCCUGCCGGGCCGUGUGCCAGGCGGCCGAGCUGCGCUGCCAGCAGUCCCUCGGCCUCCUCGGCAUCCUCUGGCCCAUCAACUGCAACAUCCUGCCCGACUCCAACGACCCCGUGGAGUGCUUCCAGCCCUGAGCCGGCGAGAGGAGAGCAGCAGGGGCUGAAGCCACCCUCCCCACCCUAAAUGUUCCUCCUGCUCUCCCUUCCAGCUGUUGGGGUGGCUCAUCAGCUGCCCUAAGGUCAGCCCCUCUGCCCAGCGCUUGCCUGGGUGUCACGGGCUUGCCCACAGCUCCAUUUCCCUCGAGAGCAGGUGACAUAUCCCACAGGGAAAGGCUUGUGCUGGAGGGGCACGAGGGAAAGGAGCAAGGCUGGGCAGAGGUGAGCCAGGCUGCAGGCACAGGAGCCCAGGGCUGUCUGUGUCCCACAGCCCCAAAUCCAGCAGAAUAAACAGCGUGAGCAGCUGACAAACCCA